CGUCCGCUGCGUUGUGACGUCACAGAGCCUACGGCCCCGCCCCCCUAUUUUCUCCGAGGGCGCCUCCCUGCGUUUCCUCUAAGGGGCGGGGCGUUGCGAUGAAACCAGUGCACCAGCCUAAGCCCGCCCCUGGUGGAGCCGGUGAGGCGGGACUAGGUGGGAUGGCAGAACGCCCCCUGUUUCCAGCCUGCCCCACGGGCCGGCCCGGGCGGCUCCAACGCCAUCUCCUGAGCGGCGAGUUCGACCAGCUGCGAGACUUCCCCAUCUUUGAGAGCAACUUCGUGCAGGUGACCCGGUUAGGAGAAGUUGCCAACAAGGUCACCAUGGGGGUGGCAGCCUCCAGUCCAGCCCUGGAACUUCCAGACCUGUUGCUGCUGGCCGGCCCUGCCAAGGAGAACGGAUGCCUGCAGCUCUUCGGGCUGUUCCCCUUGCAGUUCGUCCAGCUCUUCGUCCAUGACGAAAGCCGCAGGGAGCUCAAGGUCAAGUUCCGCACCGGCCGCGCUUUCUACCUGCAGUUGCGGGCCCCGCCCGAGACCCGCGACCGUGAGUUCGGCCAGUGGGUGCGGCUGCUCUACCGCCUGCGCUUCCACUCGGCCCAGGGAGCCGUGCCCUUCACGCAGGCGUACUCGGCGCUGGAGGAUGAGGAGGAGGACGACGACGAGGACGACUACGACGAAGACGAGGAUGUGACCGAGCGGGAGGAGCUUCAAGCCAUGGAAGCCAGACUUGACCCACAGAUCUCUGAACUCUGGGGCCUCUGACUCCUCCAACAUUCUAUGAGGUCACCAAAAGACCAGAGCUCAAAGCGUACCCUACCUCGGGGCCGGACAGAUGAAUUAUCAAAGUUAAUAAAGAUCGGCCACUUAAGAACCAA